AUGCGGUGCAGAUCUGAAACUCAGGUCCCGCGAUGCUUUCGAACUGUGAAGUGCCCAUACCCAACAGCAUCAACCGCACACCUUCUUUAUGGUGUUGUGAAUUACUCAUUGCUGGGACCAGAGGAUGGCGAGGUUGUUGUGUGCUUCCACGGCCUCAACGGAUCCCGCUUAUUGUUUCAGGACACCGCGGUGUACCUUUCACGAUACGGUGGAUUUCGAGUUCUCACUUUUGAUUUAUACGGGCACGGGCUGAGCAACGCACCACCGGUGGACUUGUGUCCCAGGCGGUCUUGUUCGUCGAGUUGCAGACCAGGCUGUUUGUCCUGCAGUGGUGUCCGAGCCCGGUAUGAUUUAGAUUUCUUCGCGGAGCAAACAAAAGAUUUGCUUGAUUAUAUUGGUCUCGCUUCAGCUCGCGUCAAUUUGUUCGGUUUCAGCUUGGGAGGUGCUAUUGCCAUGGCUUUUGCAAGAAGAUAUCCUGCUCGGGUCGCCCGCAUCAUUGCUGUAUCACCUUGUGGCUUCAUACCUCGUGUUCCGCCGAUGUAUUAUGUCUUGCGGGCAUGUUGGUGUUGCCUCAUUCCAUUGGCUCCUCACAUCUUGUGCACAUGUUGGUACAAGAAGGAGCGCUUUGCAAGGUCGGUCCGUGCAGAAAAUCAGGGCAUGGAAGAUCAAUCUGUUCACAACCUAUGGUCGCGGUUCGUUUGGCAGCUCUUCGUCAAGCGAGGGGUUGCCAGCGCGACGUUGGCAAUUUGCCAACGGGUCAACUGGUUUGACUUGUCCCAGCUGUUUGAAGAUGUGGGCAGGCAUCCGCGGCCUGUGCUGCUGAUCUGGGGCGAGCGGGACAAUUUGAAUCCUGUUGCGUCUGUCGCGAAAAAGGUUGCCGGAUAUUUCACGCAUGGCAAGCUUUUGGUCAUCCCCCGAGCUGGCCACAUAGCACUGUGUGACAAGCCCGCAGAGGUCAUCCCGAAGGUGCUUGGCUUCCUCCAGUUGCCGGAAGACUCCCGCCGCGCACUUUGUCAUCACCGGUCUGAACGUCUUGCAUUUUCCCAAUCAUUGAGUGACAUAGAAAAUGAAGUCCAUCGAUUCACUCCAACUUACCUGAGCUUCUACUGA